AGGAAGUCAUUUCAGAUCCGUGGGACUUUGCUUCCUUUCUCUCUCUCUCUCUCUAACGCUCUCCACAAUCUCAUUUCCAUGGCGUUUUGAUGAUUUGAGCCCACAAAACAAAUUUUUUUAUUAAAAAAAAUCCUGAAACCGAAGGACAAAAUCAUUCACCCAACACCAGUUUACAUGAAAUCAUCCUUCCCCAGAAGAAGAACAAGAAAAAGAAAGAAGAAGAAGCUUUCACUCCCUUCUCAGAUCUAACGAAUAUCACAUCACUUCACUCCACAACUUUUCCGUUUGAUGACUGAUCUAUGAAGAUCUUGUCUGAUUCGAGGUUAUAAAGUUGUGAAUUUUUGUUAUUGCCCAUGAUUUUCCUUUGAAUCUAAGGGGUUUUCUGAUCCAGUAAGUAAAUCACUUCGAUUUUAGUACCAUCUUAUCGCAUCUGCGAUGGCGGAGAAAUUUACGAUGUUGUUCUGGGCAUGAUUUGGCCUCAAAGUUGUUUCCUUUAUUAAAUUUCAGUGAUCUGUAACAAGGAUUUAGGGGAUUUUUGAAGGAUUUGGUUUGUUUUCUUUGUUGGGUUGUAAUAGGACCGAACUGUGUUGUUGAAUCUCUGGUUUUUAUCAUCAAAUUUAAGGAAAAAGUAUGGAGACUCUUGUUGUGGUAGCGCAGCAUAGGAGUCAGUACUGUAGCAGGGUGAAGCCACAUGGGCCUGCCAGAUUUGGGUCAUCACAACCAUCUAGAAAUUUCAGAGGGGUUAAUUGUAGGACUUUUCAAUCUGGAGCAGGAUUACUCCCGACCCCGUUUAAGUAUAGCUCUACUCCUUUAACCAAACGGCCAUCUUCCCCUCCCUCUUCAUCAUCUUCCCCAAAAACGCCAUCUCCUUUUGCUGAUGGAACACAUUCCAAAGCUACAAAGAAAAGCUCUCCUAUUCCUAUCAAUUGCAGUAGAGCCCCUAGAAAUGAUAAGCCCUUUAAUGUGGAAAUCCCUGGGGAAGGUUUUCUGUACUCUGAGCUUUGGGCUGGACCUGCUUAUUCCAAUUCACCACCGCCUAGUUCUUUGCCAAUACCGAAAUUCUCGCUUCGGGUGAAGAGGACAGUGUCUCUUGAUUUGCCUGCUGCUUACCCCAUUGUUGAUGUUCACCAAACUGCUAAGUCUGCACCUGCAUCUCCUACCAGGGAGCUUGACCCUUCUGUAGCUGAAGUUUUUUGUAGUGCUGCCUCUGCGACCAAGGCUUUGCGUCGCAUUCUCAAUCUUGACAAUACCGAUGACUGAAAAGAGUGUAGGAGUUUUUCAGCUCCUGUAAAUAAGUUUACUGUGCAAAUUUCCGAAGUUAGUUUUAGAUUGUAUAUAGGUUGAAUAAGAUGGUUGGUAGCAUGAGUCAGUAUGAAUUAAUGGCAAUGGUAGGUCGACAAUCUCCAGAUUUUGCUUUAUGAUGGUUUAUGAGAGUUUGGUGUUGGUUACGAGAAAAUGACAAGAUGCACAAGGUACAUGAUAUACAGGUUUUAUAAGCUUGGAUGGAAGAUGACUCAAGCUAUUCAGGAAGCUAAAGGGGAGCUUACAUUAGAAUCAAACAUUGUGUCCUCUCUUUCGAUGACAUGAAAUCGCACUGAUGACUGCCUUCUUAACUCAUGGACUUGAAGGAAACUAUGUACUUGUUAUAUGAAACUUUACUAUAUCAAGUCCUCAGCGGUUAGUGUCUGUUCAGUUGUUGUCUUUAAGCUAAUGUCUUCCUUAAGCGUCUGAUACAAUGUAUAUAACUGUAGUUUGUAGAUUCACCUCUAAAUUGCUUACCCAAAUUCCUUAGGUUUCUUUUCUUAUUCUUUUUCCCAUUAUCCUUCUUUCCUUGGUCUAGACUUUAGUGUCCUUUGUUUCUAAUUGUCUAACUUGGAUUUAGCCCCUUUGUUUCUUUUUACAACCUAGUCUAAAUUAGCCUACCUAGAUGUUCUUUCUUUGUCUUGCAACUCUUUUCCUCUCUCCAGCAUUGCCUUCAAUUGGCUGCUUAACAAUCAAAUAUCCUCAAUAUACUCGUUUCUUUUACUUGGGAUUUCUCUUCCUCGCUAUCUUUUUCUGUUUUUUUAUAAAGGAAAAGGUAGGAAGGGAAAAAAGUGAAGUGGUUAUCUGUCACCUCUGAAGCUUGUUAGGUUAAUCAGUUCCAUGUCCAGUUGAAAGUGUUGUUUGUGUCUUGUUCAUCCUAGUGGGUAAUGCCACUCUGUAACGUUUCAUAGAGCCAUCUAUCAUGGAGAUUGUCGACUGUGCCAAGCUACUUACAAGGUAGCCACUGGGAUAAGUAUUUCAGAAGGCUUUUUGUUAAAAGUAGAGAUGUGCUCGUGUUAGAUGUCUUUAAUGCAAGCCUUUAGGAAACCAUCUGUAUCCGGGGACUGUCUCGGAAAUGUUUGUUUUCAGUGUCUGUUGUUUGUUGAGUAGUUUGAGCAGAGUCUUAUGUUUUGGUUAAAGUGCCAUGUUAAUGUUCAAACUUCAAAGUGCAGUAUGUUCUUUUGGUACUGGUGUUUCUCACUUUUUAUUUAUUUAUGCAUUAUGGCUUUAAGUGCGUUGAAAUAUGAAUUUAAUGGAAAUAUUAUAUUAUCGUA